AUGUAUAAUACAAACUCUGCAGUAUCGAAUGCUGCUACAGGUAAUGUGGUGACGGGUGCUAGUGGACCGAAUGGUUCAGCAGUCAAUGAUUACUUGAUACAGGAUGAUUUCCCAACAUCGUCAUCAGGUCAUAUUGGUUCCAAUGCAAUAUCUUCAGCAUUCACAGAUGGUUAUGAUUACUUUGGUAUCAGUGAAGAGGUUGCCAAUAUAAUACAAACAACUCCAGCAACUCAACAACAAGUAGCUUCAUCUGGUGGAGCUGGAACAUCAUCAUCACAACAAUCUCAAGGAUCACAAGUAGUUGUUACAAACAGCAACAAUAGCAAUAACAAUAACAACAACAACAGUAACAACAAUAAUAACAAGCAAUAUGGUCCUGAGGUGACAAUGGCCAGCGCGACAUCUAGUGCCUUGGCCAACUUGGCGCGUAUACAACAGUUGCAGUCCACUGGUGGCAUCAUCAAUUUACAGAACAAUGGUCAGAAGCCAAUGUUCUUGAUGCUUGGCAAUGAGAACAUGGGCGUGCUGCCCUUCACCGAUGAGAAGAACCUCUUACUACUGUCUGCAUUGAAUAACGAUGGCAAUUCAAUCUAUAAUAUACAAUCACCUGUACUCCUUCAACAACAACAACAAGCACAACUACAUCAACAACAACUCCAACAUCAACAACAACAACAACAACUUCAACAACAUCAUUAUGCACAGCAACAACAACAACAACAACAACAGCAUAUGUUGCCACAACAACAACAAGUACAAGUGCAACAACUACAACAACAACAACAACAACAGCAGCAGGCACAACAGUAUCACCUGCCAACGUAUACCAUUCAACAGAAUCACCCGAUAGUCAUUCAGAACAUUGGCAAUCAUCAACAGCAACAACAGCAUCACUUGCAACAAGCCACCCCUGUACAGCAACAACAACACAUUCAACAGCAACACCUCCAACAGCAACAACAACAGCAAGGACUUAUCCCAGGCCAACAGAUCCCAAUCGGACACCAGAACAAUGUAUAUUCACAACAACAACAACAGCAGCAACAGCAGCAACAGCAACAGCAACAACAGCAACAACAACAACAUCCAAAGAUUAUCUAUCAGCAGUCCAGACCAAAGCCAUCAGCUGGUGUACCCGUACCCGUGCCACAACCACAACAACUACUUCCACAACAAGUUGUUGUGUCCACUGCCAACAGAGCUGUCACAGACCUGACGUCAUCAUCUGGUCCCAGCUCACCCGCACUGCCAGCAUCACCACAGCACAGCCCAAUGCCCAAGCCAACCAAUGCCAAGCAGGCAGCUGCCAUCCAACCAGCUGUUCCAGACCCAGCCAUCUUUUCACAAGUACCAUUCGUUCACACCAUCUCCAACAAGAACGCUGUACAUCCAAUCAAUAACUUCAUACUUAAUGACGACUAUGAGGACAAUAACGUCAACGACAAGCAAAAGAACCGAAGAAGAGCAAGCCAGAACUUGGCCAGCAGAAACUAUAGACAGAGAAAGAAGGCCUAUAUCUCGGAUGUGGAGGUCAAGGUCGAGCAGCUAGAACAGGAGAUUGAGCGAUUGAAGAAGGAGAACUCCGAGGCCAGGAGUCUGGCCAAUCGCCUGCUCCAGGAGAAUGCCAUACUGAGGAACGGCGGCAUGCCUCUGUCAAAGAAGUCCGACAUCCCCGGAUGCACUGGCGACGAAGAGGACGAGGAGGACGGCGAGGAGAUGCUGCUCAACACUGUGGUGCAGCCCAUCAACGAGGGACCGACAGACAUCUCUGUGCUGAUCGAUCGUCUGGAGCUUGGCACCAAGAACAGCCAGGACCGCCAGGCCGACGACCUCCAGGAUCAAGACAAGAUCGCUGACAUCACCAACACGCUCAAGCAGUUCUACGAGACGCUCAAGUCCAAGCACAAUGUAUAUACCGACCAGAUCAAGCAGAUUGUCAACCCAUGCACGCAGGCCAAGUUGGUCCUACUGGAUGCCGAUGUCUCGGGCAAGAACAUUGGAGCGGCCUGUGCUGUGCAGCAGCAGCCCAUGUCUUCGCCAGACCAGCAACACAACCAUUACAUGAGCACACCAGAGAUGCCCCACUCCUCCCCAUCAAGCAGCUCAUCCCACGCACAAGCUCAAUCAUGGUGGACAUCAUUCGUUAACGAAGCCAAUGUCAAUGAGCAUCAAAUAAUGAGAAUCAAACGCUUGAAACAGGACUUCACUGUACAACAUCAAAAGUUCAUCAAGGAGAGACAGGUGCUCAAUAAGGAGGUGAAGGAGUUCUACCAGACCAAGUUGUUCACAAACAGAGGCUAUCAUGGAGGUAUUGGAUCGAGCAGUGGUAGUGUGGGCGAGCAGUCGUCGCCAUCACAAAAGAUGGUGGACAUUGAUGAUCCAAGUCCAGGACAACAGCAAUCAAACAUUGCCCUGUUGGGCGAACGUUUGGAGCAGAUCAAGCUCAACCUGGAGCAGGAGAAGAUCCUACUGUUGGAGACCUAUCAACAGCUUGGCAUUGUGUUGACGCCCUACCAAGAGGCAUUGCUCAUCACCAGAGUGUACAACAAUCCACAGGUCAGCACAUCGAACCUAAUGAUGAUCCACACAAUAUGGGAGGCGAUAUCUCUAUCCGAAUCACAAGAGUCAUUCAACAAGUCACCAACUGUAUCACAACAAUCACACCAACAACAACAACAACAACAGCAACAACAACAUCAUCAUCAAAACCUUGAGCAAAUGCAAUGA